UUAGAACAAAUCUCAAGCAUCGAUCCUUCUGCUUUAACAUAUAAGCGCGAAAUCCUCCUGAAUACUCUCUACUUUAGUGAUUCUCCUUGACAACACGAGCGUUUGUUUUCUGCCUCCGUUGAAACCGCGGUUGGUACUUAUGGUGUUGAUGAGUCUCCAAAUCUAGUACCAUACCCUACAUAUUAGCAAACCUUAACAACGCGUCUGCGCUCGGAAUGUCACGGUUUUUGUCGGAGUUAAAGUCUGAAGUACUGUUGCGUUCUUGUGGAUGUAACGGGAGUAUCAAACGCUCUCGGUGAACUGCUCGGCUGUAUGUAGGGAAAUCCACGCGUCCAUGGAGGCGGCGCUUACCGGAGUUCACUAGAGAGCUAGACAGUUUCAGUCCAGAGCAGUCAGUCUACCUUUGACUCAACGCUAAACAGUUGAUACGAUUUACAUCUAGUUAGUCAUUCUAUUGUGGGUCGCUUUCUAAUUUGUUCCGUCCAGUGAUUUCUGUCCUGGCUGCCAUAUGAAAACUGUUCAUCGACGUAAUAGAGACUGUAGCCUUCUCACUUUGCCGUCCCUUUAUUGGUUUUAAGUCUUCUCAGAGAUGCUGAACCAAAACACAUACAUUGAGAUUGAGAAGGACUUCCAAGCACCAGAUUAAAAAACUGCAACCAUCUCUCUGUCUUCAUCUACCUCUGCCUUCAAACAUCGAAAGUCCAGCCUCGAAAGAGUAUGGCGUUUUUAAUUAAAAAGAAGAAGUUCAAGUUUCAGAUACACUUCACCCUGGAGGAGCUCACGGCUGUGCCGUUUGUGAAUGGGAUGCUCUUCUGCAAAAUCAGACUGUUGGAUGGUGGAGACUUUUCCAAUUCUUCAUCCAGGCAGGAGGUUCAGGAGAACUGUGUUCGCUGGCGAAAGAAGUUCUCCUUUGUGUGUAGGAUGAGUGCCAGUCCUGCCACUGGGGUCUUGGACCCCUGCAUCUGCCGAGUGUCUGUGCGUAAGGAACUUAAAGGUGGAAAGGCUUUUUCAAAGCUAGGCUUUGCUGACCUCAACUUGGCGGAGUUUGCUGGUUCAGGCUCCACUGUUCGCUGCUGUAUACUAGAGGGCUACGACACCAAGAACACUCGGCAGGACAACUCCAUACUCAAGGUUACUAUUGGUAUGACCCUUCUCUCUGGAGAUCCCUGCUUUAAAAUGCCUGUGAGCACAGCUAAGACCAUUGCCAUGGCUGGGCAGGACCCCUCUCUGCAGCUGGACCGCAAGGGAGAGGGCACCGCUGACCACUCUGCACCGCCCCAUGGUGGCAGCACUCGCCGAUCAAUCAAGAGCAGACCCUGUGUGAACAACUCUGGAGGACUUCAGGAGGGAUUGGAGGAGAACCUGUCCAGUCCAGAUGAAGUGUUUCACACGGGACACUCUCGCAACUCCAGCUUUGCCAGCCAACAGAGCAAAAUCUCAGGUGGGACUCAGGGCAUGAUCAAAAGAGCAUCAGGCUACAGUACAGAGCACUCUCACUCCUCCAGCCUGACAGAUCUGUCCCAGCACCGGCGGAACACCUCCACCAGCAGCAGCAACACAUCAGGAGGGACGUCUACGACUAUUGAGAGCCCCGUAGAGCCAGAGAAAGAGCUUGUAAAACCAGAGAGACCCCCACGUCCUCCACGACCUGCUCUGCCCCCAAACAGACCCUCAAGGAGAAAGAAGGACUCUGUGGAGAACCAUCCCACAUGGGUGGACGACACGCGCAUUGAUGCAGAUGAUAUUGUGGAGAAGAUUGUGCAGAGUCAGAACUUUGCAGAUUUUAGCAACAAUGAAGACAGCAAUUUAACACUGUUCGUCAGUAGGGAUGGUACCACAGCAUUGAGUGGCAUCCAGCUUGUCAACAGGGUGUCUGCGGGUGUUUUUGAACCGGUGGUGAUUGAGAGCCAUUAGAUCUCCAAGGCCACAGCAGUCACUCUCUCACACAGCCAAUUUUUAUUUUGAAAUGAUGGCGAGAGCAAGACAGAGACUGGAUGUGAGAGUGGGCACCUGACGUCACAACUUGCUCCUCUUAUGGGUCUGACAUAUUACUCGCCUAUUACAACUGUAACACCCUAAUCAUGCAUUACAUUUGCUGAAAAAACGGUGGUGGGGACGUUCAUUGUUCUAUGAUUAAAAAUGAAUGAAUCAUAAAUAUUUUACAGCGGAUUCUGAGAAUACAAACUACUUGAAAUGCCUUAAGAAAUGAGGCAAGAUGGGAGCUUCAGUCUAACACUGUGAAAUAUGAGGGCAGUCCAAAGGUUUUAGAAAGAAAAUUCAGUUCAAUGUUAUAUUAAAAUUUUAGCAGCUUUUCAGAUAUUUAAUGUUUUGAGGUGGGAUGAUUUAAUGUCUUAUAUUUCUUUAUGAUGCAUUUCACACCCCUAUUAUAUACAAACCACUGAAAUCCACCUGCCCUUGCAUACAAUAUAAUAAUGCAGUUUAGUCAGUAACCAGCGAUAAACAUGGAAUAAUAUGCAUGAAAUCAUGUAUGGCUGGCCAUACAAAUAUGUCUGAGGCAAAGAAAACAGUUAAGCCAUUCCCCCAUAUAACCACUUUCAGUAUCUCAACACUUGUGCUUGUUUCUCAGAGGUGGGCAAUAGUUUGCUUACAUAUGUUCCUGCUGGACUGGUGAACAUGAAAUACAUAAAUAUACUGUACUGCCCCCCUCUCUUUCUCUUUUUCUUUCUUUCUCUUUCUCUUUUAGUAAGUAAAAUUCUCAGUGUGUUUCUAACUUCGUCUGUCAAUAUUCUUAUCUUUCACUUUGCUUUUCAUUUCAGCUUUGAAUAUUCCUGUGACUAUGAGUUUUGGCUCUGACAGCACUGCUAAGCCAUUUGUGGCAUUCUCUCACUAGGGUCUUGUCGGUAUCAAAAUGCCAUAGCCCACUGAGAUCCUACAUUGUGCAGCUAAAAUAUUAAGAGCAAUUGAUUUGGAGAAUCCUUGUUGUAAAAUGCAGCUGAAUAAUUGCAUUGUUUGUAGGGCUAGAUCAGAGACAGUGACUCAUAGUCACACGUCUGUCCUUGGCAAUAGGAAACCGUGUACAACAGGCAUGACAGUGAAACGGAGAGAACGGAAAGCCCAGUUUUCAGUGUUUCUCUGUCAUGCACUGCUUGUUUGUCAUCUAUUUAGUUAUUCAUGAUCUUUGUCAUGGAGAUGAAUCUUUCUCAGUUGAUCUGAGAGCAUUCACCACAUUCAAGUCUGACAUUGUGGGUUAUAUUCCCUUUUUUUGUCAGUUGAGAGAAAAGUGCAAUGUGGGCCUGUUGUUUUGUAAAAGCCCAUUUUAAUGAGUUCUUUUUAGCCCUAAAAUAUUUCACCUGUCCGGUAGCUUAAAAUUACACAUUUAAACAGAAUCACUGUUCUCUAGUACAGUGUUUCUCAACCAGGGGUC